AUGCAGAGAAGAGGGGAAAGGAGAAAACUGUAUGCACUGUUUCAAAUGUGGGCGAGAGGGCCACUACUCUCGUGGAUGCAGAGCACAGAGACUGUUGACGGGAAACGGGGAGGGACUAUUGAGAUGGGACCAGCAAUAGUCCAGAGCCAAGAGUCCCACAAUGAACAAUCAUCCCUCAAAGAAACAGCAGCUAGCACCCCAUCAGCUGUCUCUGAAGUUCGCUAUCUACCUCCUCAACGCAAGUCAAAGUUGGUAAGCCUGGUGGGAAACAGAUGUACUGUGAAUUGUUUUAUGGACAAUCAGCCAGUCAAAGUGUUGUGGGAUUCAGGGGCGCAGUCCAGCAUAAUAAAUGAAAACUGGCGGCAAAACCACCUUCCCCACACAGUGGUCAGACCUGUUUCAGAACUGCUAGAUGAUGAAACACUUACAGUGUUUGCUGCCAAUGAUACGCCCAUCCCCUAUAUUGGUUGGAUAGAGGUCAGUUUCAGACUUAACAGUGAUUUGUCCCAGAUGAGUGAGCUGCAAGUGCCGAUAUUGGUAUCAAGUGACCCAGCGGUGGCUGGUGACCCCAUCAUCGGUUACAAUGUCAUUGAAGUCAUUGUCAAUCAGAGAGAAGUAAAGACUAAAGGUGGAAGAAAGCAGCUAGCACACUACGUGAGUAAAGCUUUUAAAAUAACUGUACAAACUACUCACAGUGUUGUCAAGCUAGUGCAGAACAGCAGCGAGGACUCAGAGACAGGUGUGGUACGUACUGGGAUAAAAAGAGUACCCUUGCCAGCCAACCAUGUCACCACAGUCUAUGUAAGAACACACGUUAAUCCACAUGCUCGGGGCCAGGACAUGCUCUUUUCUCCUGAUCAACCACCAGAGGGAGUGAUCUUUAAUGAUGUAUUGGUGCAUAUUCCAGACAGAAAAGUACCAUACGUACCCAUUCCAGUGACAAACACCACAGACCACACCAUUUUUUUGGAGAGUUGUAAAGUUUUAGGGCACCUUGAACCAGUCAAGAAAGUGUAUGCAGCAGACAUUCAGACAAAAGUAAACGAGCUGACACAAGAAGAAAAGAACGGUCCAGAGCUAAAGUCACUAAGUUCCAACCAGCAGAGACCAAAGUCAUGGGAUCCCCCAGUGGAUCUCCAACACUUGACAGAGAGUCAACAAUCAGCUGCGAAGCAGAUGUUACGGGAGGAAUGUGAGGCGUUCGCAUAUGACAGUGACGAUGUAGGCUGCAUACCAUCUCUGAAAAUGCACAUAACCCUCCACGACACAAGUCCUGUGCAAAAGACCUACAUGUCUGUCCCAAAGCCCCUUCACAAGGAAGUAAAAGAGUAUUUGCAAGACCUGCUUAACAAAGGUUGGAUCACACCAUCACGAUCCCCCUACUCAUCACCCGUGGUGUGUGUGCGCAAGAAAGAUGGUACUCUUCGCCUUUGCUGUGACUUCAGAGAGCUCAACCGUAAGUCAGUUCCAGACCGUCACCCGAUACCGAGAAUUCAGGACAUGUUGGAUGCGCUGGGUGGAAGCUCUUGGUUUUCAGUGUUGGACCAGGGCAAGGCAUACCACCAGGGUUUCCUGGAUGAAGAAAGCCGCCCCUUGACUGCCUUCAUCACACCCUGGGGCCUCUAUCAAUGGGUACGCAUCCCCUUUGGCCUGAGCUCCGCACCUGCUGACUUUCAGAGGAGCAUUGAACACUGUUUGGCGGGCCUCAGAGAUACUGUUUGCCUUCCAUACCUGGACGACAACCUGGUGCACAGCAGCAGCUUUGAGGAGCACUUAGAGCACAUCCACCUUGUCCUCCAGUGUUACAAAGACCAUGGUGUUAAGCUGACUCCAAAGAAAUGUGAACUGUUCAAGCGCAGUGUCAAGUUUCUGGGCAAGAUGGUAACAGGUGAAGGCUACACAAUGGAUCCAGCAGAGUUGGCCCCAGUGAUGGCUUUAAAGGAGAAAACACCUGCAACAGUUGGAGAGGUACGUCAAAUGCUUGGUUUUCUCUCUUAUUACAGACCUUUCAUCCCCAACUUCUCUGGUGUUGCCCAGCCCCUUUAUAGCCUGCUUAGUCCUCCACCUUCUGAGAACAACACUUCCCCAGUUCCUACUGACAGGUCUAAAAAGGGGGUGAAAAAAAGUAAAGGUCACUUACCAUCACGCACACCCAUUCAGUGGACCAGCUCCCACCAAGAUAUUUUGAACCAGCUUGUAGAUGCUCUUACCAGACCUCCUGUCCUCGGGUACCCCGACUUCACUGAGCCCUUCGUGUUACAUUGUGACGCAUCACAGGUUGGGCUAGGCGCCAUUUUGUACCAGCGACAGCAAGGCAAAAUGAGGGUUAUAGCGUAUGGUUCCCGCACCCUGAGCCCGGCAGAGAAAAAGUACCACCUGCACUCUGGCAAGUUGGAGUUUUUGGCAAUGAAGUGGGCCAUUUGUGAACGUGUCCGAGAUUAUCUGUACCACGCCCCAUCAUUCGUGGUGUACACUGAUAAUAACCCGCUUACAUAUGUGCUCACUACCGCAAAACUCAACGCCACCGGUCACAGAUGGGUUGCAGAGCUGGCCAACUUCAACUUCACUAUACGCUAUCGCCCGGGCAAGACCAACAUUGAUGCUGAUGGACUGUCCCGGAUGCCACUGGACAUUGACAGCUACAUGAGGAGUUGCACAGCUGAAGUUGGACAGGAAGCCAUAAGUGCAUCCAUGGAGUCUGUAUCAGUGGAGCAGAGAGACCCUUGCCAAGGUGUUGGAGUUUUCCAGGUUAGCGCUCUAAAGUUGAUCAAAGAUUCUGACACUAACCAGCCUUUCACACCAGACCAGAUUCGCAGAGCACAGGAAGCAGAUGAAGUCCUGUCGAGAGUGCUCUGGUACAAGUCACAGAGUAGAAGACCAGGUAGGGCAGAGGUGAAGGAAGAACGUCCUGCGGUAACUGCACUGCUCAAGCAGUGGUUGAAGCUUCACGUCGACCAAGACGGCAUCCUGCGUCGCCAAACAACCCGCGGAGAGCAGUUACUGGUACCUAAGUCCUACCGUCCCCUGAUUUUCAAAGAGCUUCAUCAGGACAUGGGCCACUUAGGGGUGGAAAGGACGCUCGACCUGAUUCGAGAAAGGUUCUACUGGCCACAGAUGGCGAGAGAAGUCGAACACUUUGUGACAGAAGAAUGUGAGUGUCUUAAGAAAAAGAAGCUGAGUAAGCAGACCCGUGCACCUCUGACCUAG